AACCAGGCUGGAGUGAGAGCUGAACAAAGACUCGGAGAAAUUUCUAUUAAAUGUCCCUAAACACACAUUGAGCACCUGUUGGCUGCUGCUGAAGAUGUCCAUCCUCACUCCACCAGCGCUCCCGAGGCUCUGCCAGUUCAGAUGCUCUCCAGUGUUUGUAUUGAAAGCUCCUGACUGGGAGAAUCAGCUGGCAUUGUAAAUCAGCGGGAUAAAGCCAACAUUAAAAAAAAAAAAAGAAGCAGGGAAUGGUUUCUCCAGAGAUUUCUGCGACUCGCUUUGUCCUGCUGGUGUUCCGCACUGGUUCCUUUGACAAGACCCGGCUGGUGUGAGGUGCAGCAGUUUCAGAUAAAGAAUGGCUCAUUCUCGUUCAGCACGGGACUUUGUUGCACUUUCAGAUCUGCAUCCAAACCUCGCUCGUCCUAAUGUAAUCGGGGUGGUUAUUGGGAAAACAGAUGUCAGAAGCUUUCCAGACCGAAAAAACAUUGGCACAGAAAGAUACACCUUCAAUUUUACCAUUCGUGAUUCCCCAACUUAUUUCAUUAAUGUCCAGUCCUGGGGCAGAGAAGAGUACAUCAGAUCCCUCUCAGAAAGCUUCAGGGUUGGUGACUGCGUUACAAUUGAAAAUCCUUUAAUUCAGUCCAAGGAAGCAGAAAGAGAAGAAAAAUUCAACCCUGUAACUCCUAGUGGCUACAAAUUAUUGCUGAGUGAAAAUCACUCUGUGGUGAAAACCUCUUCCUGCUACGACACAGACACCCGGCUGCUGGCUCUGCUGCACCUGCCUGUCAAGGACCCUCAGGAUUAUUAUUCCCUGGGGGACAUCGUGGCAAACGGACAGAGCCUCCAUGGCAGAGUCCUCAACGUGCUGGCAGCUGUCAUGGCAGUUGGGGAGCCAAAGUAUUUUAUAACUUCAGACAAAAGGAAAGGCCAGAGGUGUGAAGUAAAGCUGUAUGAUGAAACAGAGAGAUCUUUCCCAAUAGUAUGCCACAAAGAUCCCAGUGUUGAACAUCUGGCCUGGGGAUCUGAGCAAUCAGCCUGGCCCAGCACAAACAGCUCCUUGAACUGGGCUUUGCUUCAGCUGGAAAUGACUCGGAUAAAAGCUGAAAUCCAGCACUUCCCCAGCUGGGAUAAUGAAUCCAUCCAGCUGGCACAGACUUGGAUCCCCCAAGAAACAGUUAUAUUUGCAUCAGAUGUGAGAAUCAAUUUUGACAAAUUUAGGAACUGCAUGACUGCAACUGUGAUAUCCAAAACCAUCAUUACAACUAACCCAGAAACAGCAGAAGCAAAUGUUCUCUUCAGCUUCAUCAAAGAGAAUGCCCAGGCAGGAGCUCUGCCCAGCCCAGUGAAGGAGCUGCCAAAUGAAACCAUUAACUUGGAGGCUGUAGUGGAUGUCUACACAGUGGAACAGCUGAAAGAAAAAGCUCUCCAGAGUGAUGGGAAGCUGGAGCCUCUCCAUGGAAUCAUUUAUGGCUACAUUUCCACCCUGGACAUCGACGAGAGCGUGUCCAGAGUCCUGCGCAACAGAUGCUCAGUCUGCAGGUUCAUCGUGAAUGAGGUGUCAAACACCUGCACCUUCUGCAGUGACGUCUCUGCAGAGGCCAGGUCCACCUUUGCCAGCUUUGACAUGCUGGUGGAUGUGACAGACCACACGGGCACCCUGCGCUCCUGCUACCUGGCUGACUGUGUGGCUGAGGACACCCUGGGCUGCACAGUCCCUGAAUUCCUCAUGCUGGAAGAAGACCAGAGGACUGCACUGAAAUGGCAGCUCCUCUUGGAACGAAGCAAGAUUUACUUCAAGGUUACCUCAUCACCCAAUUGGAGAACUGGACUAAAAGUGAAUCUUCUUUCCUGCAAACUGGCAGAUCCCAUGGAGGCGAGUCAGAGCUUCUUGGGAAGAGACUGGAAUUAUUUAUAAAUGCUAGGAAAGGCUUCCUUCACUCUGCUGUGAGAGAUGGAAUUCUGCUGUUGUUGGGUUUGGCCAAGUCUGUUCUGAUGGUAAAGGAGAGGUGCAUGUUGCAAUACCUCUAAGUAGGCUUCUGAGUUCAUAUUUUUGGGUGAUUGUACUUUAAAAAGUGUACUUGGGCCUCAGCUUAAAUGUUCAUUCUACCAAAUUCAACCCCUUUCAAGGGGGCUGGGAGAUUUCCUCACUGAGCUGAGACCUUGGAAAAAACAGAAAUAACAAAUAGGUUAAAUGAGGUUUGUUGAAGUUCUGUAAUUUUAACUGCUUUGCUGCUUUUGUGUUAAAGAAAUAAAGAGCCCCCUUGAAACACUG